AGUAUUGAAUUAAUCAUCUCAAAAUGCAGGCACCACCGUGCUUUACACCACCAUAUAUUCCCCUAUGCAGGCAGCACUGUGCUUUAGCCUUUACACCGCCAUAUAUUCCCCUAGUAACACCAUCCAAGACCUUAUGAACGUCACCUUUGAGAUUCAUUUCUACUCUCAAAACUCACACAUGUCCUCCGAUCAAAGCAGUUACAGUUUCAUAUGACACUUCCACUGUUGACUACAGCUCCAUGACCUCAGUCUUUCCUGCUGAAGCUUGUGAGAUAAUAGGAGGACAAGCUUGUGAUGUUGAAAUGUAUCCUGAAAGCAAACUCAAAUCAUCACCCACAAGCACCCGACGAACCACUACUUUGGAGAGUGUAGACAGAGAAUAUCUUGCCUACAAUGAGCCUAAGACUGUAUUCUUAGGAGAAGCUUGUGAUGAUCUAGGAGGAGAAUUCUGUGAAGCCGAGUAUCAGACUGGAGUUUACUAAGAUCAGCUCGUUAAUUAUUCAUAUCGAUAUGUAGAUAAUAACCUGUGCAUUUAUGCUAUCUAAAUCAUUACUUCUACUUAUUAACAACUGGUGUAUUUUUGUGCUGAAAUUCAUACAGAAAUCUGGUAUAAGUAGGCUAUAGAGGAACAUUUCAUUAUUUAAAUAAAGACCAAAAAGGAAAAGAAAAGGAACAGAUUAAUGAAUAUAGUGCUACUAUAUUUUAAAUCCCUACAUAUGUUAACAACCUAGUACUGGACGCCUAAAGGUUCCAAGGCGUACAACUAAAGUUUUGACCAUCACUAGGUUGAUCCAUCAGAAAAUGAAACUCUCUGUUGAUCGAACUGUUUCUCUCGUUAAAACUAGUCCAUAAUUAUCAGAGAAGAAAUAUAACACAUAAUUAAAUAGGUAUGUUACUGUCCUAGUACUGGACCUCUAAAUAUACAUGUAAAUAUAAAAGAUGCAUAUUUGAAAUUGGACAUCUUGUAUCUGUGGAUGCAGCAUAGGGAUUAUAUAACUCUGUUACAGAUGUAAUAUUAUAUACUAAUAUCCAACUUAUUUUCAUCUUAAGUAAUACCUUCCAAUAUUAUCGAAUACUGAAGAUCAUUGCAGUGUUUUACCAUUUUGAUGCUCUUUGAUUGGAAACUUUCAGAAUGUUGCUAUUGUUGAGAAGUGAUGCAUAAGGCCGACCCCCUGUAAUUGAAGAGACACGGGUAAACAAAACAAGGUGCCACUGGAGGAACUUGACAGAUCCCCUACUGGAGAGGAUCCAAAUCCUUUAAAGAUAGUAGAACAGAGAAGACGCAAAGAAUAUAAUCUUCAAAGCACUCAAAGCUGAAAUACAACUGUUACCUUUAAUCUUGUAAACUAGAAGAAUCUAUCUCUCUUUCUUGAAUUUACAACCAGCAAGAGAAGGAUAGAAAAUAUUUUUCUCACAGUGCUGAUUAAAUGGAUUUUCGACAAAUCACAGAGAGAAUAUGUUCUAUUGGGUUAAAGACGUUUUGCCCAAAUUUGACUUUCUUUAGAUUUUCAUUCCUAGUAGGAGUUGGAAU